UUCCGGUCAUGCGCACGCUGCCGAUCCCGGAUCUUUAUGACCCGGACUUGGCAGCUAUGAAUGUGGUACCAUUGCAGAAGCAUUGCAAAGCAAGCUACAAGCAGAAUAACUCUACAACCAAUGCACUGAUGUUAAGAAGAUGUUUCAGAACACACACACACACAAUAAAACAGCAGUCUGGAGGAGCCCUCUGUUUUCUUUUAGGAGCAGCUGUCUUUGUUGCCACAGAAGAUGGUCACAGCAUCAAAUUAACUAGGAAAUCCAAUCAUCAGGCAAAGGAAUGGGAGGGUCUUAACAUCCCGGCUGGGACAGGAAGCUAGCUCACUGGUUUGUGGCUUUUAGUUGAUCCUAAUAAAGGUGGUAUUCUGUUUCUACUGCAGCUGCUAUAUUAUCCUUGAAUGAAUCUACAUGGCACAGCAUUGAAAACCAUGAUGUUUUGCAGGCAUGUCCACAGUCCGUUUUGGGGGCUUAAUCCAGCCCUCCGGUUGGUUUAACGUGGCCCCUGUGGCAGUUUAUUUCCUGGGGUAAAAUCCUGAAUAAAAUCUCAAUCCUAAAAAAAAGGUUAACAACUUUGGUUGGCCCUCACGGUCCUUCACUUCAUCAAAUCUGGCCCUCCUUGAAAAAAGUUUGGACGCCACUGGAUUCAUUCUGUUUGCUAACCACUUGGCAAUGUGACUCCCAGACCAUUUUGCUUUAAAUUAGCACACUUUGAUAUUUAUGUGCUACAGGGUUCCACUUACGCUCUGUGAAGAGCCCACAUGUUCUGGGGGGCCGUGAAAGAAGGCAAGUAGCAAGAAGUUGCUUGUGACAUGAAUGUCAAAGUAGCUGCACAAUUUGUACUUGAGGUUUCCAUUUGCAGUUUGAAAUGGCAUUUAAACAUCCUUGUUAAUGUAUUUAAUAAAUUACUCUGUACUACCGGUAUAUCAGCUGUAGGGAUCUCUUACCAGGAGUACCUAGCACACUGUACCAGUUUUGUUUUAAUCAAAAGAGACCUCUUUCUUUGAGGCUAUUGCUUAGGGACCUAGAAGUACCCAGAAGAGUUAUUUGAGGUACCAAGAGCAGAGCUUUUGGUACCGUAGUACCCAAGAAGAAUUCAUUGCACUCUUCACUUGCUGCAAUGCACAAAACCAUGAUCAGGUACCAUUCUUUUCCUUCCUUUCUUUUCUGCAGUUUCAGUAUUUCUAGAAACAAGUCAUUCAUGAAAUUGAGAAUAUAAGUACAGUGGUACCUCUAGUUACGAACUUAAUUCUUUCCUGGAGGUCCGUUCUUAACCUGAGACUGUUCUUAACUAGAGGCCUGCUUUUGCUAAUGGGGCCUCUUGCUGCCGCUGCGCCGCCGGCACACGAUUUCUGUUCUCAUCCUGGGACAAAGUUCUCAACUCAAGGUAACUCUUCCAGAUUAGCCGAGUUUGUAACCUGAAGCAUUUGUAACCUGAAGCAUUUGUAACUCGAGGUACCACUGUAAUCAACUUUAGAGCUGGAUUGUUAUUUAGAUUUAUUAGACAUGUUCUUGAAUAGCAAUUUGAAUUUGAAAAGUAAAGUGUUGGGAAGUUCUGUUUUAGUGGCAGUGCAACUAAUGAUUGCCCAUUUCAUGAAGGAUUUGGAGGGAGCUAUGAAAUAAUACUGGUAUUAAAAAGAUUUGGGCUACAGCUUUGUUUUGCAAUGACUCUUGUCGUUCAGUUCUCUGCUGGUGUUCUGCAGAAGCUUUCCUCCAGGUACACACUCACAGAAUACUCAAUGACCAAAUGCAGUGCUUUUUUUCUGGGAGGACACAGGGGUAUGCAUACCCCUAAACAUUUUGUGAAUCUUUGUACUUUUGUCCAUUUACUGCAGGGGUGGCCAACUCUCAAGAGACUGCGAUCUACUUUCAGAAUCAAAAACUGGCAGUGAUCUACUCCCAUUUUUUUUGGGGGGGGUGUUUCAGCUCAAAGCUGUUGAGCUUUUUUGGAAGGAAAGCCCCGGGUUUUUUGGGUUCAGCACAGAGAAAGCUCCGUCUUCCCUUCCAGAGAUCAAACAACAAUGAGCGCCAGGCGAGGGAGCGGGGCAGGAGUCAGUUUUAGCUAUGCUAAGGAAAGGGAGCCAGAUAUCGGCCGCGAUCUACCAAAACCUUGCGGGGAUCUACCAGUAGAUUGUGAUUGACCUGUUGGACAUCCCUGAUUUACUGUAUUUUUCUCCCCUGUUUUGAACCAUAAAAUGAUUAUUUUCUUGAGUCAAAAUGAGAGUACCCCUAAACAUUCUUCUUCUUCUUCUUCUUCUUCUUCUUCUUCUUCUUCUUCUUCUUCUUCUUCUUCUUCUUCUUCUGAAAAAAAACACUGACCAAAUGUUUGGCUACCAAAUGCUCCUUAAUAACUGGAAUUGCUAAUAACAGAAGACAAAAACAGUUGAUAGUUCUAAGAAGUUCAGAAGCUUCCUGAGGAGGUUCUGCUUACAAUGAUAUUUCCUUUGAGGUUGCUGAUGUUGCACAAUGUCUCGUUUUGUAGCAGAUGUCAUGGCUAUUAAUAGGUGUUCUUUUCCCCAUCCUUUGAAAGCACACAGUGAAUUAUUACAUUCAUACACAUUUCAAAAAUAUCCUGAUUCUAGUCUUAAAUUAUAACCACAAAGCAGUAUUUAACUUUGCACGUUUCCCUCUUAUUUUAAAUAGAGGAUUUCUCCAUGGCAUGUUGUUGUUAGUUUGGUGGGGAAUAGGCCGUAUACCAAGACCCUUAUAAUUCCUGGAUCCAGCAAGUGUUAAAACCUUUAAAAAAAAUUAAGGUUUUUUUUAAUUGAGAUUUUUCCACAAUACAGUAAAAUUUCCAAGCCAAGGGCCUGCUGGUUUCUCUUUAAGGUUUCCAGACUCAAAAGAGAGCAGGGCAAUUAAAUGCAGAGAAGUCCUGUCCUCUAUUGAGUCUGGCAACCCUGGUUGCAGCAGAGUUCCCUCCCCUCCUAGUAAGGAGGAAAGAGCGACCCGGAACCAAGAAGAAACAUCUCUUUUAAGGGUUUGCAUUUUGGCAUGGAGAAGGACAUCACCUCUACAAAUAGUGAGACAUUACAUCACACAAAAGGUGGGGUUACUGUGGCUCAGGCAGGCCAAGGUGUGAUAUUCCUGAGGAUUUAACAAGUUUUACAUAGUUCCAGACACAGUUUACACACAAAAAAAAGCAUUUGAUAAGAUAAUCAGGAUGCCUGUCAAACAUCCCUCAAAGCAGAGCAUCUGGGCAAACAAUGACAAUUAAUACAAAGGAGGUUCAUACUGUAGAUAUAAGAGGAAUCCCUUCAGGAACUUCUUUUGAUUGCCAUCUGCCUACAUGUUCUCAGGCAAGGGUUAUUAAGGAGGCAGAGGAAAUAUUUAGAGUCUUCUGGAGAGCCAAGAGGGUUUUUGGAUUGCUCUCCUGUACUAUAUUAGACAUGCAGUAUAUAUACUGUAUAUAUAUAUACAGUGGUAUCUCAGUUCUCGAACGUAAUCCAUUCUGGAAGACAGUUUGAGUUCCAAAACGUCUGAAAACCGAGGUGCAAUGGGCUGUAUUUGGAAAUUCAAUUGAGAAAAUUGAAAAGCACGCAGCGGAAGCCGUUCGACUUCUGAGGCACGUUCAAAAUAGGAAGCAUUUACUUCUGGGUUUUCAGUGUUCAAGUUCCAAAAUGUUUGUCAAUGGAGACGUUCGAGAACCAAGGUACCACUGCAUGUGUGUUUACCUUGCAAAUAUCAACAUUUAUUCUGUAUUUGAGACCUUAGAAUUCUUAUAACAACCACAUGACUGCCUUCGCACAUUCUUUUAAUGCACGUUGGGCCUCUGUGGCCAGGCCCUGAAAACAGCAGGAUGAGGAAGAAUCCUGCUUGUUCCUGUCUUCAGGAAUGUGGGUGCCAGCUGCCAGGCUCAGGUGUUAUUGUUAGGUGGCUACAGCUGUUGGACAGUAGGCAUUUUGCACAGGGCUUUGUAUCAUUACUUUGUUUAGCACUAACAAGUUGUUAUAGGUUUGGGGGAGGAUGCCCCUAAACCCUAGAAAUUAAUAAAUGGUCGGCUUUUGAUCAAUUUGGAUAUGGAUGAAAGUACUAGCUGCAGAACUGUGUCAGACAAGGAAUCCCUAGCUGGCCUAGUGAAGAGCAAAUAUGUUAACAUGACCAAAAGUGUUGAUGGGCCACCUGAGAGCAAUCCUUUGGUUCGAGGAGACAGAUGUUGCCAAGGUGAUGGGGUGUGUGUUGAGGUGACAGGAAAAAGGAGUCUGUAAGCAAGGGAUUCUGGGAAGGAGAAGCAGAGUCUGGGAUCCAUCUUGGGAAGGCUGGCUGGGAGAGAUGCCUUGGACUCCAUGGCUACACUGCUGUGGGGGACAAUCCUCUCUUGAAAUGACUGACCGUGCUGUAAGAGCUGGACUCCCUCCUUGCAGACCGAAGGUGUGAAUAGGUGAUUAAACCGUAUUUCUUAAAUCUACGACUGUAUCUGCCGUGUCUCAAUUCUCCAAAGGAGCACAGACCCCCACCUUUUUAGCCCAUAGAUGUUCUAGUUUGUUUCCCUCCUGUUUUAUUGUUUGCUAUAGACAGCAAUAAUGUGGUACCAUUGCAGAAGCAUUGCAAAGCAAACUACAAGCAGAAUAACUCUGCAACUAAUGCACUAAUGUUAAGAAGAUGUUUCAGAACACACACACAAUAAAACAGCAGUCUGGAGGAGCCCUCUGUUUUCUUUUAGGAGCAGCUGUCUUUGUUGCCACAGAAGAUGGUCACAGCAUCAAAUUAACUAAGAAAUCCAAUCAGCAGGCAAAGGAAUGGGAGGGUCUUAACAUCCAGGCUGGGACAGGAAGCUAGCUCACUGGUUUGUGGCUUUUAGUUGAUCCUAAUAAAGGUGGUAUUCUGUUUCUACUGCAGCUGCUAUAUUCUCCUCGAAUGAAUCCACAUGGCACAGCAUUGAAAACCAUGAUGUUUUGCAGGCAUGUCCACAGUCCAUUUUGGGGGCUUAAAUUAAAUUAAAUUAAAUUAGCACACUUUGAUAUUUAUAUGCUACAGGGUUCCACUUACGCUCUGUGAAGAGCCCACAUGUUCUGGGGGGGGGGGCGUGAAAGAAGGCAAGUAGCAAGAAGUUGCUUGUGACCUAAAUGUCAAAGUAUCUGCACAAUUUGUACUUGAGGUUUCCAUUUGCAGUUUGAAAUGGCAUUUAAACAUCCUUGUUAAUGUAUUUAAUAAAUUACUCUGUACUAUAUCAGCUGUAGGGAUCUCUUACCAGGAGUACCUAGCACACUGUACCAGUUUUGUUUUAAUCAAAAGAGACCUCUUUCUUUGAGGCUAUUGCUUAGGGACCUAGAAGUACCCAGAAGAGUAUUUCUUAAAUCUACGACCGUCUCUGCCGUGUCUCAAUUCUCCAAAGGAGCACAGACCCUGGGUGAGUGCCUGGAACCCCCUGGGCUCUUGCCACUGCUUGGCAGAGAGAGGGUAAAGCACAGAACUUUUGUAACAGUAUCAGUUCAGGAAAUAAUUUUGCAAUUUGAGGAGGUGGCUUACUCAACAAAAUCCUUAUCUGCACAGCAUUUCAUGCAACACUGAUAGCUGUUAAGUUCACAAACCACACAGAAGGAGGAGCCUCAGCUAAAGAUAUAAUGAAAACCCUUUAGCGUUUUGGAUCAGCUAAGCAUCUUAGUGAAAGGAAGAGGAACAGGGGAGGACAGGGAACCGGCCGAGUUUCUCCAUUUCGCACUCUUCAGUCGCAACACAAUGGCCCUCUUGUAUUUCAUCUUACUCAUGGCUUUCUCUGUCAUCGCUGGGAAACCGCAAUACUGGCUUACAAUAGCAGGUGAGGCUUUUGUUGUAAGGUGCCCUGUGCAUGACACUGUGGUCUGGCAGCGUGGUGAUACAACCAUCUCUACAGACAAAAGGGCCCGAAUACAUGCUUCAGGGAAUGAGCUUUGGUUUCUGCCCGCAUCCGUUGAGGACAAUGGAAAUUACACAUGCGUCCACCCUGAGUAUGCUCCUAAAACGAUGAUUGUCAUAAUAAAUCCAAAGAUAAAAGGCACUUGUUAUUAUGAAGAUGCUCUUUAUUUGGAAACAACUGGAAGCCCUGGAUCCGCUAAAAUAUUCUGCCCUUCUUAUAAUGACUAUGAGAAUGCAUCUGCUAUGAAGUGGUUCAAGGACUGUAAACGCCUUCGUGGAGCAAGGUACAAAGCGGUUAAAGAUGUCCUUUACAUUUCCGAUGCAACUGAAAGUGACAGUGGAUACUAUACUUGCCAGUUUACAUACAACCAUGGUGGAAGAGCAUUUCCAGUAACUGCAACAACGCCUUUUAGAAUUACAGAUUCUGUUUUACUGACAUCUCCUAAAGUUUUAUAUCCAAAGGAUGGUGACGUUAUAGAAGUAGAGAUUGGUUCUCCUGUGCAACUUUUAUGUAAGGCAUGGCUGGGCCACGGAAAGCAAGGCAUAGCCAUAAGCUUUUGGGAAGUCGAUGGCGCAAACGAUUCCAACCGCUUUGUUAAAUCCAAUAAAUCGUAUAUUGUACCUGGCAAAGGACAGUUUGCAGAGGCUGAAUUACGCAUUGCAGAAGUGAGGGAAGAAGACCUCAGUUUAACCUUUAGAUGUGUCCUGGCCAAUGAUCUGGAGUACAAAACAACAGAAGUGACUCUGGUGCCCAAAGGGGCAGGUGAAGGUCAGAAGAAUUUUAACCCUCUCUUUGUUCAACAACAGUCAAAUCUCAAAGCGUAAGAAUGACGUUCUUCCUAUCUUUCCCUCGGAACUCUCCCGCCAGAACUCUCUCACCAUCCCUGCUCUUGGCUUUCUUCAAGUGCUUCUAACUGCCUGGAACAAGGCCCAUGUCACUUGUUUGGCAGGGUACAGGGGUAUAUGUGUGCGCAGUCGCUGGGGCAGCUCAGGACAUGUUGACACCUGAAGCGAAUCAGAACAUGCAGCCAUCUUUGGCCUGGGAACUCUAGUUUGUGAAGGGUGUGUUUUAAAUAUACAAGGAGGAGUUGCUCCCCUCCUUUGCCUUCUUCCAUCUCUGCAGCCCCACCAGCAAUGAGCAGCAUCAGUGGCAAGCAAGCCCCCUGGCCAGCUCCGGGUGGGGUGUCUCCCUUUCCAGAUCUGCUGCUCCUCCCAGCUCCUCCCAGCUGUCCCAAGCUUGCCACCUGAGGCGACUGCCUCAGCAAGGCUAAUGGGUGGGUUGGCCCUGGUAGCAGCAGUGUGAGUGUGAGCUUCUGGUUUUGCAUUGCUGGAAUGUAUAAUAGACGGCGCAGUUCCAUUGCUCCACCCACCUUUGGCCUUUGGCCCCACCCAUUACUGGCAAUCAACCCCUGAAAGCUUGCCCACAAGACCACGGGGCCUUUGGGGCUGAAAAGCGGUUCCUCACCCCUGGACUAAAGAGCUGGGGAGGGGCUGCUGGAAUGCCCACUCUAAUAGACAUGUGCACACCAGCACAGUUUGUAAAAGGCCCAGUGUUUUACACUGCCCCCAACAGAGAUGGCCCCUGGUAAAUAGGGACUGUUGCAGCAUAUUGACCAUCUGUGCCUUAUAUACAGUGCCAACCCCAUUUUCCAAUCAUGUGCUGAGAUCCUGACCAUCAUUUCCUGGGGAUGAUUCACAGAGCCCUGCUGAUUUUACCUGCCGUAGCCUCAGAGCCACUGGAGCUCAUCAGGAUCGUAACCAGCAAGAAAAAAAAAAAUCUGAGCAGGACAAGGCUCUGCCAAUUUUGAAACAUGUGAUGCUCAUUUACGAGAUUCAUUUAAUAAAUCCGUUUAUUGGGGUACCGGUAUAUCCUAGGGACCUUCUUUGUCUGGUCUGAAAUAUAUGUAUAAGCAAUAAAUCUCCACCAGUCUCUUGCAAAUAUGUCUCUUGGUUCAUUUCCUCUAGCUAGACUUAGCCCUAGUACAUAAACUUGCAUGUAAACUAUCUGCCAAACCCUUUUAUGCCACACUAUUAAGAUCAUUCCAAAAAGUGGCAAUUACAUGUGCAAGCUACCUAUAAGUAUCUGUCUGAGGUUUGUCUAUCAAGUCCAUAUUAUCAGCUGAAAAUAAAUUUAGUAGAGCAAGCUUUGUGGUCUUCCUAAGGGAUGGUUUAGUAAUUUUACCCAUUUCGUUGAAAACUUGAUGCCAGAAUACUGAUAUAUUGGCACAUCUCCUCCACAUAUGUUUAUAGUUACCCCUAUCACUACACCCCCUCCAACAAGUUGCUGAAACAUUCCUAUAAAUGUAUGAUAAGUUUACCAGGGUAAGCCACCACUUUUGCAGUAUCUUCAAAUCCUUUAAUGCUAAUUGAGUGGGACCUCAGCAUGGCCAGUAGUCUGGAAUAGUGGAAGUUGCAAUCUAAGGGGCACCCUUUCCCUCCUUGCUCUUUGUCUGAUCAAAAUCAUGCUCUCCAAGUUCUCUUUGGCACCAGGAGAAGACAUACAGAUCUCACAUCGUCUCCCAACUGAUGAGAAAACCUUUUAAGUACAGUGGUACUUUGGUUUUCAAAUGCCUCUGUAGUUGAACGUUUUGGAACUCGAAUGCCAAAAACCUGGAAGUAAGUGCCUUGGUUUUCAAAUGCGCCUUGGAAGUCGAACAGGAAACGAGGCUUCCAUUUUGAGUUUUCCGUAUUGAGGCUUAUGCUUUGAGGCUUCCGCUUUUCGAACAUUUCGGAACUCGAACGGACUUCCGGAACGGAUUAUGUUUGAAAACCAAGGUACCACUGUACAGCCAAUUUAAGGAUGCCAAUCUAUUCUCUCUACCCUUAGGCUUCUUGCGUAGGCUACCUUAGUAGGAGUUCAUUUAUUGGCUGUAGAGAUGUUAAGAAUUCCAGUCUCCACAAAAAUGGCCUUGUCCCAAAAUGGCAUUUGAGACUUGAAGGGUUCGAUCCAUUCAGAGAUUUAUUAUUAAAUCCUUGAAUUUCACUUCAGAGACAAUAGAGAACUAGCAGUGAAGACACAGAAGCACUAGCAUGAUGUGGGUUUUUUGGGGGGUGGGGGGGACAAUCGCUGUAUGAAACAACUAUUCAACAAUCCAAUAUGACCCUACCCAGUCCGUACUUAGAAGAUCUUUCUCCGAAGCUCUGUUUUGAGUUGUCCACCAUCUUUGGGGCAGUGUUGCCAGAGUUAUGGAACUUCCUUCUUAAGGAGGUUUAACCUGCUCCUUCUCGGCCAGUGUCAGCUCUGAGGCACCAGGCAAAGAUGUCUCCCUGG